GAAGGGGCUUCUGAAUUAAAUUCCCAAUUAAUUCAUUGGAUUCUGGGAAUGGCAACAAAUAAGACCAAAAUAAUUGCUUAGUUUCCUUCUUCAUUUGAACAAUGGAACAGAAAGAUGGUGAAAGUGUGGCAUCUGCCAAUGAGGGUUUGGAUGAUUUGCUGGACAGCUGUUUAAAUGAUUUCAACAAGCCACUUCCAAAGACAGCUCACUCAUCUAAAUCUGAAGCUGAAGAAGAAAAAACAUCAAGUACUGCUGCAAAACCAUCAGAAGAUACAGCAUGGAGUGAAGAAUUUAAACAAUUCAGUGAUGUGAUGGAAACCUUUUUAGAAGAGGGAUCUGAACUCAAUGAACUGAAGAAUUUAAUGGGAAACCUUGCACAAGGAGGGCCAUUGAAUGUUGAUGAUAAUUUUGUGGAGUCUUUUGCAGAAACUAUCCGGGGACUUACUGAAGGAGCUCAAAAUAUUCCUGAGCCUACACCAGAAGACUUAGCAAAUUUGUUUACUGGAUUGGAUGUAGAUGGUUCUGGCCUUUCUGAUCCUGAGCAAGUUUCUGAAUUAAUGCCAUUAAUGCAUAACGUUAUGCAAAAACUAAUGUCUAAGGAACUACUUUACCCAUCCUUAAAGGAAAUUGUAGAUAAAUAUCCACAGUGGCUUAAUGAGAAGCAUGCUACUUUAAAAGAGGAAAAUUAUAAUUUAUACAAAAAGCAGUAUGAUCUUAUGAAAACUGUCUGUGAUGAAUUUGAAAAGAAUAUUGAUGAUUCAGAAGAUGCAAAAAAGAAACAAUUUGGAAAAGUUUUGCAGCUUAUGCAGGAAAUUCAGAGCUGUGGAAAUCCACCAAAAGAGCUUGUAUCAGAUAUUGGACAAGGAAUGCCUCUAGAUGAACAUGGUAAUAUACAGCUACCUGGGAUGACUGAACAAUGUGCAGUAAUGUAGCAUAUCUUAAUUACUGUAGCAUAUGAUUUCAUUUAUGUAAAAAUUUAUGUAAAAUAUUUAUAUAACUCCUUUAUAUUCCAAAUAUGUAUGAUUUUGGUAUGUUUAUUAUAAGGGCAUUGUAAAAAUAUAUGAGAUUUUAAUUAAAUUUGUAUUUUAUUUCUUAUGUGAUUUUGCAGUAAACUUCAUUAGUUUGUAAAAA